AUGAUUAGACCUCAUCAGAAGACAUUGGAGGAGGUAGCUUCUACCAUCAAAGAGAUUGCAAAGCUAAGACGUAACAUCAAGAGAAAGCAUAAGGAGCUCACACUUGGAAGAGAAUUGACAGAGGAGCAACAUAUUCCUACAGCACAGCAGCAACCACCUCCAGCUCAGCAACAAGCACCUCCAGCUCAGCAACAGCCACUGGCUCAACCAUUAGCAGAACAACAUCAGCUUAUACCGCCUACACCGCCAACAACACCGAUCCGACCCAGGCAUGUUCAACGUCCAUUACCAUCACAACUAGAAGUUGUUGAGGAGCAGGAGGAGGAGGAGGAGUCACACACCUAUGAAUCAUUUGGAGAAGCAGCCGGCUCCACUCCGGCUCCAAGUACUUCAGCAGUUGCAAGAAAAUUAUUGUCUGAGGCUAGGAGUGAUGAGGAGGAGGAUGAGGAGGAGGAGGAGGAUAUUGAGGUAGUGUUGAAUAACAGCAGUCCUAAGGAAGUGUACAACAUUUAUACUCAAAGUUGA